ACAAUACCUACAAAUGAUACAUUGCAUCACUCGACCCUUUUUUUUUGUUUGUGAAAACCCUUGAUUACGCAAGUCGGUCGGUUUUCUACGGCUCAAACACAAGGGAGAGAAAGAGGGAGAGAGAGAGCGAGAGAAAAGAGAGAUUAGAGGUGAUUUUCUUCUUCCUCUCAUCAAGAAAAGUUGUUUUGCUUUUAAAAAAUCAUUCUGUCCUCGCUUGUACUGGUCGUGAGCGCAUUAUCAAAGCUAGAAACUCAACAGUUCCAUACCUUGAACACCUCACCUCAUCAAAACAUCCAUCACCCUGUGAUCACAUCUUUGGGGACACAAAACAAAGACCACAAACUCCAAAAUACGAAAACAACCAAAAAUGAAACACGAAAAGAACAUUCCUGCAGAGCAUCACACGCACAGGAUCGGCGAAUGGCUCCCUCACGAUCACCGGGCUCACAAGGAAUGGUUGGCGGGGGUGAUUGACCACGUCGACCGGAACCCGACGGACCUACACCCCGUGGUGCAAGAGUUCCAGGACCUGAUCGAGAACAACACGCGGGUCUGGCUCUUGUUUUCGUCCAUGUUCGAACAGAUCCCCAACAAGGAGCCGUACAGGACGGACCCCCGCGGGCGGGAGGCGGGCCAACCGACCAUCAGAGACCACGUCCACAUGCUGAGGGUCAUCAACCACCUCUUGACCACGGCGCCGUCGUGGAACGACAAGUCCGAACGGGUCGGCCUGGUGGGACUCCCCUUCAACGCCCUCUUCGACUGGCCCAUGGGCACCAAGAGCGGGUUCGCCGUCUUCCUGGACCCGGAGGUGAAUGUCAUGUUGAAGAAGGUGCUGAACGCGUGGGCCGACUUUUUGGGUUCCCCGGACUCGGCGUACGUGUUGGAAAAGGACACCAAGGGGAGCUGGUUCAGUCCCCACGGGCACGACGAGCUCCAGUACACGGCCAACGUGGGCAGGACGGACUACAAGUUCGAGGAGAUGUUCCAGUGCGACCCGUCGGACCCCCACAUGGGGUACACGUCGUGGGACCAUUUCUUCACGAGGCUCUUCAGGGAAGGCGUCCGGCCGGUGGCCAGUCCCGACGACGGCGCCGUCAUCGCCAACGCGUGCGAGUCAAAGACGUUCAACGUCGCGAGGGACGUCAAGCGUCGCGACAAGUUUUGGCUCAAGGGUCAGCCGUACUCGGUCGUGGACAUGUUGGCGCGGGACCCCCUGGCGGAGCGGUUCGUCGGGGGCACCGUCUACCAGGCCUUUCUGAGCGCGCUGAGUUACCACCGCUGGCACGCGCCCGUGUCCGGCAAACUCGUCAAGGCGUACGUCGUCGACGGGACCUACUACUCGGAGCCGCUGUUCGAGGACUUUGGACCCGGCGGUCGGUCGGCCGACCCCGAGGGCCAGGUGACGAGCCAGGGAUACUUGACCGCCACGGCGACGAGGGCCGUCAUGUUCUUCGAGGCGGACAACCCCGACAUUGGGCUGAUGGCGUUUUUGGGCGUCGGCAUGUGUGAGGUGUCGACCUGCGACGUGACGGUCGAGGAAGGUCAGCACGUCGACAAGGGGGACGAGAUUGGCAUGUUUCAUUUCGGGGGUUCCACGCAUUGUCUGCUGUUCAGAAAGGGUGUCGAGCUGGAUGGGUUUCCCGGAUUACAGCCUGAACAUAAUGUCGCUGUCAGGAGUGAAUUGGCCCGUGUGAGAACAAAGUCGAAGUAGAAAACAAAAUCAUGUCCGAAGGUAGUCCAUACUCGCUACCAGAGUGCCAAAACGUUUUGCCAUGAUUGAAGAGGUUGCAUGUACUGUAAGAUGGAAAUCACUCAAAACUCGUCAUAAUGUUGCUACUUUAAAUCAAAUAGGCUGUCUAACCUAUCUUGGAACCUCC